UCAUGCAAUCACGGAGCUGUCAAGGCCAGGUGUUCACCUGUUCCUAAUAAAAGGCGAUUUUUAACCUGCAUUUUGCCCAUAUCUGUUGAACAGUUCGAUUGCAUUGAUAAGUUCGGUAGUUUAUUUAGCCUAGGCUUGAUAAUUAUGCCGACAGCUGGUGAAUCAUCGGAGCAGGCGGCAGCUGGUGAUGGGCCCGGCGGCGCCUCUGGCCCGCCCAAGACAGAAGCGCAGCUCAAGAAAGAGCAGGAGCGAGAAGCCAAAAGACUGGCUAAAUUGGAGAAAUUGAGGCUGAAACAAGAGAAGGAAGCUAAACAACAGGCAGAAAAAGCAGCAAAGUCUGCGGCCAAGGAGAAAAAAGAGAAAGUGGAGAAAGUGUCAGCUACCUACGACAGACCCACACCCCCGGGGGAGAAGAAAGAUGUGAGCGGUCCCUUACCUGAUGCCUACAGUCCUACCUAUGUUGAGGCUGCCUGGUACCCGUGGUGGGAGAAGCAGGGAUUCUUCAAGCCGGAAUAUGGAAGGAAAAGCAUAAGAGAUCCCAACCCCAGGGGCAUAUUCAUGCUCUGCAUCCCCCCACCCAAUGUGACAGGUAGCUUACACGUUGGUCAUGCCCUCACCAACACUGUGGAGGAUGUCCUCACGAGGUGGCAUCGCAUGCGAGGGGAGAUGACCCUCUGGAACCCGGGAUGUGACCACGCCGGCAUCGCCACGCAGGUCGUCGUCGAGAAGAAACUGUGGAGGGAGAAGAAGCUAUCCAGGCACGACCUCGGGAGGGAUAAGUUCGUGGAGGAAGUCUGGAAGUGGAAGAACGAGAAAGGUGACCGCAUCUACAACCAGAUUCGUCUGAUGGGCUCCUCCGUGGACUGGGACCGUGCCUGCUUCACCAUGGACCCCAAGCUGGCCAACGCCGUGCAGGAGGCCUUCAUACGCAUGCACCAGGAUGGCACCAUCUACCGCAGCAACCGACUGGUCAACUGGUCGUGCACGCUCAAGAGCGCCAUCUCUGAUAUUGAGGUCGACAAGCGUGAGCUGCCAGGACGGACCCUGCUCUUUGUGCCUGGCUACAAGGAGAAGGUCGAGUUUGGUGUGCUGGUCUACUUUGCCUACAAGGUUGAGGGCUCGGACGAGGAACUGAUUGUUGCAACGACCCGUAUUGAGACCAUGCUUGGAGAUACAGCCGUUGCCGUCCAUCCCAACGACGAGCGUUUCAAGCACCUGCAUGGCAAGCGUGUCAUCCAUCCCUUCCGUAAUUGCUCCUUGCCCAUCCUCUGUGAUGAGUUUGUUGACAUGAACUUUGGAACUGGUGCCGUGAAGAUCACCCCAGCCCACGACCCCAACGAUUACGAGGUCGGCAAACGCCACGACUUGGAGUUCCUUACCAUGAUCGCGGACGACGGGAACAUCACAGAUGUCUGCGAGCAAUUCAAGGGCAUGAAGCGAUUUGAUGCCCGGAAGGCGGUACUUGCUGCGCUUAAGGAGCGAGGGUUGUACAAAGAGACCAAGGAUAACCCCAUGGUGGUGCCUGUAUGCAGUCGCUCCAAGGAUAUAGUUGAGCCGCUGCUGAAGCCGCAGUGGUACGUAGACUGCAACGACAUGGCGAAGCGCGCAAUAGCGGCUGUGGAAGAAGGCCAGCUGAAGAUUGUCCCCGACAUGCACAUCAAGACCUGGAACAACUGGCUGACAAACAUCAGGCAAUGGUGUAUAUCUCGCCAGCUGUGGUGGGGGCAUCGUAUUCCGUGUUACUUUGUCACCGUCAGCGACGACAGUGUUCCCCCCGGUGAUAAUGUCGACAACAAGUACUGGGUCAGCGGCCGGUCGGAGGCAGAGGCUCUACAGGCAGCGGCUGAACGCUUCAACGUCCCUGCUGAGAAGAUCUCACUUGAACAAGAUGAGGACGUGCUGGAUACGUGGUUUUCGUCCGCUCUCUUUCCGUUCUCCAUAUUUGGCUGGCCCAACCAGACGGAGGACCUGGACGUCUUCUUCCCCGGCACGCUCCUUGAGACGGGUCACGACAUUCUCUUCUUCUGGGUGGCGCGCAUGGUCAUGUUCUCCCUCAAGCUGACGGACAAGGUGCCCUUCAGGGAGGUGUACCUGCACGCCAUGGUACGGGACGCCCACGGCCGCAAGAUGAGCAAGUCACUGGGCAACGUCAUUGACCCCAUCGACAUCAUCACAGGAAUUACGCUAGAGAGUCUACACAAGUUGCUGGAGAAUAGCAACCUAGAUCCCAGGGAGAUCGCUAAGGCCAAGGAGGGCCAGAAGGCUGACUACCCCAACGGCAUACCGGAGUGCGGCACGGAUGCUCUGAGGUUUGCUCUGUGUGCAUACACAGCCCAGGGUCGUGACAUCAAUCUGGACGUCUUGCGUGUCCAGGGAUACCGGUUCUUCUGUAACAAGCUGUGGAAUGCCACCAAGUUUGCCCUGAAGGUCCUCGGAGAUGACUUCACCCCCCUCCGCGAAUUCAAGCUGAGUGGUUCUGAGAGUCACAUGGACCUAUGGAUUCUCAGCAAGCUGGCAGGCGCUGUCAAAGUCUGUGAGGACGGCUGGCCGGCGUAUGACUUCCCUGCAAUCACAACCUGCAUCCAUGCGUUCUGGCUGUACGAUUUAUGUGACGUCUACCUGGAGUCCGUCAAGCCAAUCAUGCGUGGCACGGAUGCGACAGCCCUGGCUACCUCACGCCAAGUCCUCUAUACCUGCCUGGACGUUGCCUUGCGUCUCAUCUCCCCCUUCAUGCCAUUCCUGUCCGAGGAGCUGUUCCAGCGGCUACCUCGCCGGACCCAGAACGAGCCGCCCAGCAUAUGCAUCACGCCCUACCCCGAGACGCAGAAGCAUCCCUGGUACAGUGAGCAACUAGAAGCAGAAGUUUCUCUGGUUCAAGACGUCAUUGGUAAAGCAAGGUCCAUGAGGGCAGACUACAACCUGACCAAGCAGAAGGCAGACACCUACCUGCGAUGUUCGGACCAAGCACUUGCCGAUGCCCUCGCGCCUUACGAAAGCCUCAUCGCUACACUCUCCUCGGCAUCAGCUGUACACUGCCUGGUUGGAGCAGUGCCCCCGGGUGGCUGCGCCAUGGCAACCGUCUCUGACAAAUGUGAAGUGCAUCUUUUACUUAAGGGCCUGGUUGAUACUGAGAAGGAAAUUGGCAAGCUAGCCCAGCGCAUCGAGAAGCUAGAGGUCCAACGCAACAAACUCCAACAGGCAACCAUGGUGCCUGACUACGUCGCCAAGGUCCCCCAGGCCGUGCAGGACAGCAACAAGGAGAAGAUGAGUCAGAUGGAGAAUGAGGUCCAGAAGCUUCAAGAUGCCAUUGAGAUGUUUAAAAAGGUCGGCCAGGACAACUGACCAUCAGCCCCCAACUUGGUCAACCCUUCAAGCAUGUGAAAGACAUCUGGCAGUUAAACUGCAAGCCCAAAGGGUCUAUAACUUUAAAGUCAAUAAUAGUUGAGUAUUGAACUGCUCAAUUUCCAGAAAAUUGUGAUGCACCCAUUAUGCUAUAUCCAGCAAAAAAUGAGACCGAGGCGUACCCCCCCAACGUGUCCAGUUGCUAUUCACACUCUAGACUAUUGUUACCUAAUACAUCCCCCUAGAUGUCUGAAAAGAAUUCCUCAAAUUUCAGUGAAACAAUGACCAACACAAAGCAGGGGGGGCUCUCUUCAUUUCAUACCGGUAUCUUGCUUCAUAUACGGCCAUGUGGUGCAUGCUUGUAACAGUCUGAACUCAUAAAGGAACUGUUUAUUCUUUGAACAGUUUUUCCUUUUCUUUUUUGGUUUUUUUUUUGUUUUCUCUUGUUGUCCUUCCUUCUUUUGUUGACAAUUUCAGGGAAAGUGGUCAUUAGUUAAUUCCAGUUUACAUAAAUAUUUUGUGGAGUAUUGUAGGGGUUUUAGACACUCGCUGCCGGGAUUUCCGGUACUAGACUCCUUGGGUUUGUACGCAUAGACGGGCUGCAGGAAAUCGGACAAAGGAGCUGGGCCUUGUGACAAAAGACUCAGAAC